CAAAGCCUAUCGCGUCUCCAAUAUCCGUCUUCCACAAGAAAGAUUGUUGCUAUCAGCCUACAACUCCAAAACCACACGACAAAACCAUCGGCCGACCCAAACCCUCAACUCCGAUCACCCCGAUGGCGUCCGAUGAGGCCUCCGCGCCGCUGGCGGACCGAAUUCGGGUGGUCGGCGCGUGGGCCGGCGCCCUGGAGGUGGACCUGGGCGCUUGGACGGUGCCGAUUCUGCGGGCGGAGGUAGCGCGGCGGGCAGGGGGCGUGGAGCCCGGCCGCGUCGGCCUCAUCUUCGGCGGCCGCGUUCUCAAGGACGACCCCCCCGCGUCGCUGCGGCAGGCGGGACUCAAGGGCAACGCCAAGGUGCUCUCUACGGUCACCUCCCCCGAUCGCGGCAAGGAAAUCGCUGCCGAGGCCGCCGUGGCGAAGGCCGAGGAGGAGCACGCCGCUAGGCUUGUCAGGCUCUGGGAUGCUGCAAAAGCUUUGUCUCAAAGGCAUACGGAUGGUUCCUUCCUCGAAGAAGAAGAAGACUACAACUUAGAUCUCGAGGAUCAAAGUGGCCAGAAAGUGAUGUUUGGAUCUGUAGAUGAUAUGAAGGCUUUGAAGAUGGCUCUAAUGCUACAUCAAAAAGCCAAAACUCUUAUGAAGAAGGAAAUGCAUAAGGAAGCACUUGAUGUGUUAGUAAUGGCUGAGGAAGCUUUCUCCCUUUGUGAUGCAAAACUCAUUGAGAGGGUUGAUAAUGUGCCAAUGCUUCAACUGGAUAUAGUCUGGUGCUAUUUUAUGCUUCGUGACAUAUCACGCUUAGAAGUCGCAGGAACUCGCCUCGAAAAAGCACGGUUAGGAUUUGAACGUUCCCAUGGUAAAGAUUCCACUCGCUUCAGAUUACUCCAGGCUGGCCGUCAAGCAGAUCUUGCUAUUUAUGUAAGGCUGGAGCUUUUGGAAGGAGUGGUAGCAUAUCAUAAUGGUAAUUCUGAAAAAGCACGUGGAUCUCUCACUUCUGCGCAAGCUAAAUACCUGCAGCUUCAAGUACCAGAUGAAGCUAUAUCAAUGUUAAUGGAUAUGGGCUAUGAAGCAAGGUCUGCAAAAAGAGCAUUAAAGAUGACUGGCUAUGAUAUUCAAUCAUCUGUUGACCUCUUAUGUGAAGAGCGUGACAAAAAAAAUCGUAGAAAAGAGGAGGAUCGAAAGGCACAAAGAGAGAUCAUGGAACAAAAGACAUAUGGUAAAACACCUAUGAACAAGGCAGUUGACAUGCAGAAGCUGAGAGGCUUGACUACAAUUGGGUUUGAGAAGUAUCUUGCUGCAGAAGCACUGCGCAUCAAUGAAAAUGAUGCUGAAAAAGCAUUAAAUCUUUUGACAAAUCCCGAACAAAACUGCAUCCUGCAAAGUAAAAUUCUGGCAAGGAGGAGCCGAUCAUCUCGAUCAUCUCGUGGGUUGGGUGCAGGAUCAUCGAGCUCCAGGGCUGCUGCUGCCUUGACUUCGGUUAUCGCUCCACCACAUCCUGCGGAUGGAAACCCUCCAGAGGGAAAUGACGCCCAGUUUGUGAACAAUGGAGAGGCUGUGAACAUUGAAGAAACUGUAAACCAUGAUGAAGUUAUGAGUGAUGAAGAAGCAAACCCCCCUCAUCCUGUUCCAGUCAGAGACAUGUCGAUGGAAAAUGAGCUUGCCCAUGAACUGACGGGGGAUGCCUUAGAUGACUAUGAUAUUGAUGUCAGCAAGGAAGGACAGGCUAUUGCAGAGUACAUGAGCUUAUUGGAGUCCGCUGCUAGUUCUUGAUGUGCAGUACUCUACUAGAUCUCAAGCGUCAGAAGGAAAAUACAGCUAGCCUCAAAUUCACAGUUUACUUAGCAGGGUCGAUUUGUACAUAAUGCUGCCCUUAUGAAUAAUGGUGCCUGGAAAUUUACUGUUGGGCCGAAGCCGUCUCUCUCAUGGAUCUAACUUUGUGUACUGAUUCUGAUUGCAUACAGAAUUUUAGGGAUAUCCGCCCUGCAAA